CCUCAGCAGGGGGGCUCAGCAUAAAUACCAGCCUCCUUUCACCUACAGCCACAGCCCACCAGCUCUGCCCAGCAGACAUCAGCAGGAUGAAGCUUCUCACUGGCCUCAUUUUCUGCUCCCUGGUCCUGGGGGUCAGCAGUUGGCUUUCAUUUCUUGGUGAGGCUUUCCAAGGGGCUGGGGACAUGUGGAGAGCCUACUCCGACAUGAAAGAGGCCAACUGGAAAAACUCAGACAAAUACUUCCACGCUCGGGGGAACUAUGACGCUGCCCAAAGGGGGCCAGGGGGAGUCUGGGCCGCUGAAGUCAUCAGUGACGCGAGAGAGAACUUUCAGAGUCUCUUAGGCCGUGGACAUGAGGACACCAUGGCUGACCAGGAAGCCAACAGACACGGCCGCAGCGGCAAGGACCCCAAUCACUACAGGCCUGCUGGCCUGCCUGACAAAUACUGAGCAUCCUCCUGUCAGCCUCAGGAGGCUGUGCUGUGGGGUGUGGGUACGGGCCGAGUUUUCAGUCUUGUAGCCACAAAACUUGUUAGACAACACAUAGUAGCUGUGUAAUAAACACAUACAAGAACAAAUAA